UCUCAGUUUGAGAAUUUUGCGGCGAGCAAGUUUUUGUUGUUUGCUCGCCGUCGCCGCGUUCGGACGUUUUCAAUUCCACGCUUCUCGCAUCGGACGGGGCGGAAAAAAGUUUAAUUAAACGUUUUGAGUACCUCGAUUAAAACUAUUUAAAUUGCUUGAAUGACGCGCCCAACAAUUAUCAGUGGCGGAAAAACGUGAGUGCUCCGCCGGAAUCUAGAAACGCAAUUCGGGAGGGUCCUGCGGCUGGAAAACAUGCGAGAGAUUGUGCAAAAAAUCAAUUUAAGAUGUAAGACGUAAGUCGAGUGGAUUGCCAAGCUGAAGAAACGCAACCAAAGAAGCAAAAAGUCCUCAAAGUGACGGAUAGUCACUAAAAGUUCCUUCUAACCCCAACACAGAAGCCCAGAAACUAAAGCCAAAUGCAUGCCAAUAGUCUGUUAGGAAGGUCCAUAUUAAAUGAAGGCCGUUCAAAUAAACGUUCCUUUGUGUCCUUGAUCGUGGGCCUGGUCGUAGGCUUUUGCCUCGCAGAGCUCUUCGUGUACACCUCCACCCCGGAACGUAGCGAGUUCAUGCCCUACGAUGGCCACCGGCAUGGCGAUGUCAACGACGCCCACCACAGCCACGACAUGAUGGAGUUGACGGGGCCGGAACAGGAUGUAGGCACCCACGAGCACGUCCACGAGAACUCGACCAUCGCAGAGCGACUCUACGGCGAGGUGCGCAUCCUCUGCUGGAUCAUGACCAAUCCCAGUAACCACCAGAAGAAGGCCCGGCAUGUGAAGCGCACCUGGGGCAAGCGGUGCAACAAGCUGCUAUUCAUGAGCUCGGAAAAGGAUGAGGAGCUGGACGCAGUGGCCUUGCCGGUGGGCGAGGGCCGGAACAAUCUAUGGGGCAAGACGAAAGAGGCGUACAAGUAUAUCUACAAGCACCAUAUCAACGAUGCCGACUGGUUCCUCAAGGCCGACGAUGACACGUACACGAUAGUGGAGAACUUGCGCUACAUGCUGUACCCGUACAACCCAGAGACUCCGGUGUACUUUGGCUGCAAGUUCAAGCCGUACGUGAAACAGGGCUACAUGUCCGGCGGUGCCGGCUACGUUCUCAGCCGGGAGGCUGUGCGUCGCUUUGUGGUCGAGGCCCUGCCCAAUCCCAAGGUCUGUAAAGACGAAAACACGGGCGCCGAGGACGUGGAGAUGGGCAAGUGCUUGGAGAAUGUGAAAGUAGUGGCCGGGGAUUCCCGCGAUUCCAACGGACGUGGUCGCUUCUUUCCCUUUGUUCCGGAGCAUCAUCUGAUUCCAUCUCACACAGACAAGAAGUUCUGGUACUGGCAAUACAUAUUCUACAAAACCGACGAGGGCCUAGACUGCUGCUCAGAUAAUGCCAUAUCCUUCCACUACGUAUCGCCAAACCAAAUGUACGUUCUGGAUUACUUGAUUUAUCAUUUGAGACCCUACGGCAUCAUAAAUACGCCGGAUGCCCUGCCCAACAAACUGGCUGUGGGCGAACUAAUGCCACCACCCAAGGAUCAAGACACAGAGAGCUCGAGCGACGGCGGAGUCUCCAAAAGAUCCACAGACACAAAACCCCAAUAAUAGAGACAGUUGCAAAGACUUUUAAUGUAUAUAGAUAGCUUUUGUAUAUAGAUUUCUAUACAAACAAAAUGUAUUGCCACUAAAUGAAGUCCCAUUAAGAUUUGCCAGCAUUGCCAUCAUCAUUUCCAUAAGCUUUAUAAGUCGCCGUCUAAUUAGAUUAGUUUACACCACAUCCUCAAAAGGUUUCGUUUGGACUGCUUGAAUGGAGAGGAGAGUGCUCGCUUCUGUUUUGUACAAAAAUGUGUAUCAUUUUAGCUGUUACUUUAGUUUGUAAUUACCAAUUAACUCUAGGUUGUACAAACGAGAGGAAACCAUCACUAAUAAAGCGCUUUCAUUAAUCAA